AUGCGUAUUGCUCGUGAGAAGGAGAAAUUCGAUCAAGCAAAUCGAUUGGCCUUACAAGAAAUUGAAGGCAAACUACAAGAGAUUCAAAACGAAGAGCGGAAGGUUAAAGAGCAAAUUACUCUUACUGAUGAAAGAUUCAAGAUUAGAGAGGAACUCGCCGAAGCGGAAGCUCGAAUUGACGUCUGCACACGGUUCGAGGGUGAAGAAAAAUCAUUCAGAACCAUUGAAGAGACCCCUUGUGGUGAUAAUGCACCCGAUCGCGUCGAGCGCUUCCUCCAGUCUCAGUCGUCACCAGACGCAUCACCCUUAACAGAAUUGGAGCAUCCUGGAAACUUCACCUCCAACCAAGAGGCAAGUCCUACAACACCUGUAGAGAAUCAAGCUGUCAGUACGUUGAAUCCUGACGCUCGUUACUAUACGCCACCUACAGCGAAUGAUUCCUCACAGUACGAACAAGGACAACCGAAUGUGAGAAGUACGAACGAAGAUCAUUCCACUUCAGACAUAGAGAACCCGAACAUCUUACAAACCCACCUCACUGCUCUAAACAAGUUAGUAGAAAGUCAUGCCCAAAGUCGUCUCCCCCUUCCAAAACCAGAAGUCUUUAAUGGUGACCCACUAAAGUUUCCAAUUUGGCUUAAAGCCUUUGAAACAUUAAUCGAAACGCGUGCGACUAAUUCCACUGAACGACUACAUUUCCUCGGAUGGUACGUUGGUGGCGAAGCUAAAGAUGUCAUAGAUGGAUAUAUGCUGAUGGACGGAGAAGACGCCUAUCUGUAA